AUGGAUGCACCGCUCAAGAAGCCGAAUAAAGGUGACUACACCAUUGCAAAGGCAUGGAGGCCCAUCUCACUCCUUGCGACACUCGGAAAGGUAUUGGAAUCAGUGGUUGCAGAAAGAAUCUCACACGCGGUGGAGACGCAUGGGCUGCUCCCGACGAGCCAUUUUGGGGCCCGGAAGCAGCGUUCCGCAGAGCAAGCCUUGCUGUUCCUGCAGGAGCAGAUCUAUGCGGCAUGGCGUGGCCGACGAGUGCUGGGCUUGAUCAGCUUCGACGUCAAGGGAGCCUACAACGGAGUAUGCAAAGAACGACUGAUCCAGAGGAUGAAAGCCCGAGGCAUGCCAGAGGUGUUGCUUCGUUGGGUCGAGGCCUUCUGCUCGGAACGAACGGCGAAUAUGCUGAUCAAUGGGCAAUUAUCUGAGACUCAAAGCCUGCCGCAAGCUGGACUGCCGCAGGGCUCGCCCCUGUCUCCGAUUCUAUUUCUGUUCUUCAACGCAGACCUCGUGCAAAGACAGAUCGACAGUCAAGGAGGAGCAGUCGCUUUUGUGGAUGAUUUUACCGCAUGGGUGACUGGGCCCACCGCGCAGAGUAACCGGGAAGGAAUUGAAACCAUUGUCAACGAGGCGCUCAAUUGGGAAAAGAGAAGCGGAGCGACAUUCGAGGCCGACAAGACGGCCAUCAUACACUUUGCUCCCAAGAUGCGUAAAUCGGACCAUUCGCCAUUCACGAUCAAGGGGCAGACGGUGGUACCCAAAGACCUCGUUAAGAUCCUGGGUGUCUUGAUGGACACGAGGCUCAAGUACAAGGAGCAUAUCGCGAGAGCAGCGUCCAAGGGUCUCGAAGCAGCGAUGGAGCUUCGGCGACUCCGAGGCCUGUCCCCAGCAACCGCGCGACAACUAUUCGCAUCGACGGUAGCACCAGUCGUGGACUACGCCUCCAAUGUCUGGAUGCACGCGUGCAAGGAUAAAGCCAUGGGGCCGAUCAACCGAGUCCAAAGAGUAGGCGCGCAAGCCAUCGUGGGGACAUUUCUCACGGUCGCGACUAGUGUCGCAGAGGUGGAGGCUCACAUGGCUACGGCACAACAUCGAUUUUUGGAAACGAGCCGUGAAAAUUUGGACAGACAUCCACACCUUGCCGGAAACCAAUCCUCUUCGCCGCACAUCGACAUGGAGACAUUAGAAACGAUCAACCCUUUCACGCUAUCCCCUUGGGCGGAACGCGUGCAGACCGACCUUGAUGGGCAGCAUGCGUCCCCGGCCGAAGCGGGCGGGUGCAUGCAGGUCGCGGUCAGCAGCUCUGCACGGAACGAGCUGGUGGUGUUUGGAGUGGCCAUCGAGAAACGACCACCUCGAAAUCGAAAGCUCAAACACAAAGCGCUAUCCAUCACCUUGGCUGCAAGAGCAGAGCAGAAUCCAUUCUCUGCAGAACUGGCAGCCAUGGCACAUGUGUUGAACACGGCGACAGGACUGAAAGACUACACGAUCACGCUGCUCACAAGCAACAAAGCGGCGGUUCUCACACUCAGGAACCCCCGACAACAAUCUGGCCAGGAGUUCGUGUGUCGGAUAUACAAGUUGAUUAAAAAGUUGCAGAGAAACGGAAACCAUGUUCAAUUGCGCUGGGUUCCUGCCAGUGAAGACAACAAGCUGCUAGGUUUGGCUAGAGAACAGGCAAGAACCUCGACACAAGAAGAUGCCCUCCUACAAGAACACGCCCCGAGGAUGAAAUCGACCACACUAAAUCUCGCACGGUCUCAAACAGUCCCCCGGAAUACCUUACCGGCGGACGUCGGAAAGCACGCCAAACGAGUAGAUGCCGCACUUCCAGGUAAACACACGCGACUGCUGUAUGACCGCUUAUCGUGGAAAGAAGCGACUGUGCUAGCCCAACUUCGGACUGGCAUGGCAAGACUGAACGGAUACCUCUUUCGAAUCAACGUGGCCGACACGGACCAGUGUGCGUGCGGACAAACUAAGGAAACCGUGGAGCACUUCCUCUUUCGAUGUCGGAAGUGGACCGCACACCGGAUGGAGAUGCUACAAUGUACCGACACUCACCGAGGAAAUCUGUCCUUUUACCUGGGAGGGAAGUCCCCUUCCGACGAUCAAAAGUGGACGCCAAACUUAGAGGCAGUACGGGCCUCAAUACGAUUCGCCAUCGCGACAGGCCGACUCGAGGCCACCUAA